AUUAUUUAUAAAUUGACAACUUAGCCAAACAAUACUCAUCAAAGUUCAAUCGACAAACAAAACUAUUAAUUUACUAAAUAACGGAUCAAAUAUGGAAAAGGAACUAGAUAAAGUCGUGCAAGAGAUAAUGUCGACUCCAAACAUAAGCGGCUGUUUAGUAGCUGAUCACCAAGGCCUCUGUUUAGCUUCAAAAGGCACGGCUCACGUCGAUUCCGCUGGUCUGAUCGUGGCUAUAUCGGAACAAGCGAGCAAACUACAGCCGUAUGUGAAACCACCCACCGUUUGUUUGGAAACCGAUAACAAGAUAUGCUUGAUACAAAGGCACGGUACUAUCACGGGCGCUUUAUUCAAACAGAAGGCGUAAUAUAGUUCACUAAAGUAACGACUGUGUUGAUAACUGGUGAAUCUUGUAAAGCUACGCGGUCAGUGUUGUUCGAGAGUAUUAUAUCUGGUAAUUAUGUACAAAAUCGACCUCUAAUUUAUGGGGCUAAGAGGGAGAGGGCUGAAGGGGGGGGUGUUGGGUUUUUACCACCCCCCUCCCCCCCCGAUAUCUGUUAUCGUGUAAACCCCGUGGUUACGGAGAUAUCGUGGUUAAAGUUUUUAGGUU